AGACAUUACAAGACGAUGCGGGAUAACAUCGAUUCUAGCCACUCUUAGCACACACGCACGUUGUCGUCCGUGGUCAAAUCUGAACUGGUGGAUGGACGGCAGCGCAAUAAAAUGACCGACUACGGAGAGGAGCAGCGAAACGAGCUGGAGGCAAUAGAGUCCAUUUAUCCAGACUCAUUUACAGUGCUUUCUGAGGAUCCCACAAGCUUUACAAUCACAGUCACUUCAGAUGCAGGAGAAAACGACGAGACGGUUCAAGUAACACUAAAGUUCACCUAUGUGGAAAAGUACCCAGAUGAGCCCCCACUGUGGGAGAUACAUUCCCAGGAAAAUCUUGAGGAUUCAGACACAGAAGACAUUCUGACGCUGUUGAAGCAACAGGCAGAAGAAAACCUCGGCAUGGUCAUGAUCUUCACGCUGGUGACAGCUGUGCAGGAGAAACUGAAUGAAAUAAUCGACCAGAUAAAGAGCAGAAGAGAGGAAGAAAAGCAAAGGAAAGAGCGAGAGGCAGAAGAGGCAGAGAAGCGGGCUUUCCAGGGAACUGUGGUGACGAUUGAGAAUUUCCUGUCAUGGAAGGCGCGUUUCGAACAGGAGAUGGCAGAACUGAAGAGGAAAAAAAUCAAGGAAGAUGACUCUGGAAAGAGUAAACUCACAGGAAAGCAGCUGUUUGAGAGAGAUCAUAACCUUGACACAUCAGAUAUCCAGUUCCUGGAGGAUGGUGGGAACAGUGUUGAAGUGGAUGAGUCACUCUUCCAGGAUAUGGAUGAUUUAGACUUGGAUGAAGACGAUCCUGAUUAUGACCCACUGGAGCUGGGCAGUGAUGAGGACUAAAGUGGUCAAAUGGUCAACCUGAGAGUGGACACAAUGGCCAUUCAGACAGCAGGCUAACCAUGCUAAAAAAGAACUGUUUCCCCAGGCUGCAGGAUUCUGCAUAUUUUAUUGGAACUGUUAAAUAUGAUAAUUUCUACCGUUAUGCCAUUAAAUCCCAUCAGUCAUGAGCUGCUGGUAUUUCACAUUGUUCA